UCGCACAACGCACCCGAGCAAGAACGAAGAACCGCGGCGCAAGAGAGAGAAACGAGCGAAACUUCGAGUGAUUCCGGUGGUUUUCGUGCACGCAGAUCACCCCAAGCAGUCGCAAUGGCCACCCUAUCCUUGCGUAUCUCCAUCCCGGAGAAAAACGCUACGAAGAUGAUGCAAUUCGACCCGAGCACAUCCGUUUACGACGCUUGCCGUAUUAUCAGAGAGAAACUCGCUGAAGCGGGUAACAUGGGCCAACCAAAGGACUACGGAUUAUUCCUUGCCGACGAGGACGUGAAGAAGGGAGUCUGGCUAGAGCCUGGCCGGAAUCUCGAUUAUUACAUUCUGAGGAACGGCGAUUUGCUCGAGUACCGGCCUAAACUGCGGACCCUGCGUGUGCGCAUGCUGGAUGGAACGCUGAAGACGUUGCUGGUAGAUGACAGUCAACCCGUCGCCAAUCUCAUGGUAGUAAUUUGUACGAAGAUAGGCAUCACGAACCACGACGAGUACUCGUUGGUGCGCGAGCUGCCCGAAGAGGAGACGGAGAACCAGAAGCCGGGCAAUUUCGGCACCCUCACGCUGAAAAGGAGGAAAGAGGAGAAAGGCGAGCGGGAUGCGAAGAUGGAUCAGUUAAGGAAGAAGCUUAAGACUGACGACGAAGUGAAUUGGAUAGAUCCCAGCAAAACGUUGAGGGAGCAAGGAAUAGACGAGUCAGAAACGGUGCUGCUGCGGAGAAAGUUCUUCUUUUCGGAUCAAAAUAUCGAUAGCCGGGACCCGGUGCAAUUAUCUCUUUUGUACGUUCAAGCAAGAGACGCAAUUCUAGAUGGCACGCAUCCGGUUACUCAGGAAAAAGCUUGUACUUUCGCUGGAAUACAAUGCCAAAUCCAGUUCGGCGAUCACAAAGAAGACAAGCACAAACCAGGCUUUCUGGAUCUCAAGGAGUUUCUACCGCAGUCCUAUCUGAAAGUGAAGGGCAUCGAGAAGAAGAUCUUCGCGGAGCACAAGAAACACAUUGGCCUAUCUGAGCUAGACGCCAAAGUGCUGUACACGAAAACAGCUAGGUCCUUGAGCACCUACGGCGUCACGUUCUUCUUGGUGAAAGAGAAAAUGAAGGGGAAAAACAAGUUGGUGCCUCGUUUGCUCGGCGUCACCAAGGACUCUGUCUUGCGACUCGACGAAAAAACGAAAGAAAUCUUGAAAACCUGGCCAUUGACUACCGUCCGACGUUGGGGAGCCUCUCCCAACACGUUCACGCUCGAUUUUGGCGAUUACUCUGAUCAAUAUUACAGUGUACAAACCACAGAGGCAGAACAGAUCCUUCAAUUAAUCUCUGGUUACAUCGACAUCAUCUUGAAGAAGCAAAAAGCUAAAGAUCACUUUGGUAUUGAAGGAGAUGAGGGUUCAACGAUGGUUGAAGACAGUGUAUCGCCUCUGAAGNNNNCGAUUAUGCAACAUGAAACGAGCAACGUUGGCAAAGGAAACGUAGAAUCCGUGUCAGUCGCCAUACCUGCAGUCAUUAGAGCUGGUGGAGAUGGGGCUCGACCAUAUGAGACCGGACACAUGGGCGGUGCUCAAUACACGACUGUCAGCGGCCAGGUGAACAUCGCUCACGCUCCACCAAUGGUGCAACAAACCAAAGUCACAUCCGUCCUGUCCGAACCACAACGUGCCUUACUGUCGACUAUCACCGCUGGUCACGAGGUGAUCCACAUCGCCGAGACCGAGCUGUCCUGCAAGGCUCAGCUUCCCGAACUGGGUACCGAUCCGGCCUCGUUGAAAUGGAUCGAGCAAACGAUCGACACGCACAAACAGAACGUCGGCUCGCAGAUCGCGGCGAUGAACGCUGCCACUGCUCAAGUUGUCACCCUGACGUCUGGCCCAGCUGACGACGUGGAUCACACAGCGGUUGGUGCUGCGAUCACAACGAUCGCCACCAACCUGCCGGAGAUGACCAAGGGUGUUAGGAUGAUCGCCGCCCUAAUGGACGACGAAUCUUCCGGAGACAAACUGCUGGACGCAGCUAGGAAGCUGUGCUCGGCGUUCUCCGACUUGCUGAAGGCUACCGAACCUGAAACUAAGGAGCCAAGACAGAAUCUGCUGAACGCUGCAUCCCGUGUCGGCGAGGCCUCGCACCAGGUACUCACAACCAUAGGAGAAGAGAACGACUCUAACCGAGAGCUUCAAGACAUGCUACUUGCAUUAGCCAAAGCCGUGGCCAACUCAACAGCUGCCCUGGUGCUCAAAGCAAAGAAUAUCGCGGCAACUUGCGAGGAUUCCGCGACCCAAAACCGAGUAAUCUCAGCCGCCACGCAAUGUGCCCUAGCAACGUCACAAUUGGUUGCCUGUGCCAAAGUCGUAGCGCCAACUUUACACUCUCCAGCUUGCCAGACACAGCUGAUGAACGCAGUUCGCGAGGUAACGAAAGCGGUAGAAGGCUUGCUGGAAGUCUGCAAUGAUACCUGCAGCGAUGAAAAUUUGCUGAAAGAGUUGAAUGCAGCUGCUAGUGAAGUCAGCAGAACACUGAACGACCUGUUGAAUCACAUAAAAACAGCCACCAGAGGAGAAAGAGCAAAAGAAACCAUCCAGGAGGGAGCAGUAGAGACAAUAUGGGUUGCAACUGAUAAGCUGUUUGCUAGUACUGGAGACGCUGGUGAGAUGGUGAGACAGGCAAGAGUAGUUGGCCAGGCAACUGCUCAAUUGAUUCAGAGUAUAAAAGGUGAGGCAGAAAGGCAGACUGACACGGAACAGCAACGUCGACUGUUAGCUGCUGCUAAGGUGCUUGCUGAUGCUACAGCUAAAAUGGUUGAGGCUGCUAGACAGUGUGCCAGCAGUCCACAUGAUGCUAAGAUGCAGGAUCAAUUACGCCAAGCUGCUGAAGAACUAAGGGCAGCUACUACUGCUGCUGCUAUUCCAGCUUUGAGAAGGAAGCUGAUCAGUAGACUAGAAGCUUGCGCCAAACAGGCUGCCUCUACUGCUACUCAGUGCAUCGCAGCUUCCUCGGGAGUUGCUCAUCAUAACACAAAUCCAAGCAGUCAGGAUGAAUUAGCUUUAGAGUGUCACACUAUGGCACAGCAUAUACCACAUCUUGUAGCUGGAGUGAAGGGAACACAGGCUCAACCAGAUAAUUCUACAGCACAGUUAAAUCUGAUCAAUGCAUCUGAACAGUUCUUGCAACCUGGAACUUCUGUAAUGAAAGCUGCAAGGGCAGUUCUGCCAACAGUGACUGAUCAGGCCUCUGCUUUGCAGCUAAAUAAAACCUCACAGCAAUUAGGUGCCUCUCUGACUGAUUUGAGAUCUGCUGUGACACGUGCCAGAGAGGCUUGUGGUGGGUUAGAGUUAGAUGCAGCUGAAGAAUUGAUUAACAGCUUGAAGGACGAGUUAGGAGAGUUCUAUAGAGCUGUAGAAGCUGCUUCUUUGAGACCUUUGCCCGAUGAGACCACAGAGUCCACUGCUCUUCGACUGGGCGCCACGUCGAAGAACGUUGGUUUCGCUAUGGCUCAGCUUUUAUCUGCUUCUAAGCAAGGAAAUGAGAAUUACACUGGAAGUGCAGCAAGGGAGACAGCAUCUGCUCUGAAAGAUCUGACUUAUGCUGUUCGAGGUGUGGCUGCUACGUCAAACCAACCUGAUACCCAGAAGAAAGUCCUGAUGACUGCGGAUGACGUAAUUCUGAAGUCGUUGAGACUGGUUAAAGAAGCUAGAAGGGCUCUGAAGAAUCCUGAUAAUCCAGAUAAUGAAGUUAAUCUGGCUGCAGUUGCUAAGGAUGUGUCGAAUUCGUUGAACAAAUGUGUGUCUUGCCUGCCUGGCCAGAGAGACGUCGAUGAAGCCAUCAGGAAUAUUGAUGAUAUGACUCAGGUGCUCGGUAUGAACGAAUUCCCGCAAACCAACAAAAGCUAUGGACAACUGCAAAGCGACCUAAACAACGCAGCUGCGAAUUUGAACGAUGCCUCCUCCAACGUGGUAUCAUCAGUGCGUUCUCCAGUACAGCUGGCAAGCUCUUCCAAACAAUUCACCAAUGCUUUUGGAGACCUGUUAGGAGUUGGAAUGGAAAUGGCCGGUCAGACAACCAUCGAAACUCGAAGCCAAAUGGUGGUCUCUCUGAAGAAUGUCAGUAUGACAUCCGGCAAGCUUUUGGUAACAGCGAAAUCAGUCGCAGCCGAUCCAAGCGCUCCAAAUGCAAAGAAUCAACUGUCAGCUGCUGCUCGAGCCGUGACAGACUCCAUCAACUAUCUCGUCGACGUCUGUACUUCAGCUGCACCUGGACAAAACGAGUGUGACAACGCCAUCAGAAACAUUCAGUCGAUGAGGUCGCUUCUUGACAAUCCUAGCGAGCCAAUCUCCGAUGCUUCUUACUUCGAGUGUCUCGAAACGGUAAUGGAGAAGAGCAAGAGCCUUGGCGAUGGAAUGACAGGCAUAGCUAAUCACGCGAAGAAAUCAGAACACGAACAAUUCUCUGUAGCUGUUAGAGGAGUCUCUUCAUCGAUAUGCGGACUCAUAGAAGCAGCAGCUCAGGCUGCAUACCUGGCUGGCGUGAGUGAUCCAACCUCUGUGGCUGGAAAACCAGGUUUAGUAGACCAAGCACAAUUCCUGAGAGCUGCACAAGCCAUCCAUACAGGCUGUCAGAGCCUUGGAAAUCCCACAAGCACAGAGCAACAGGUCCUAUCAGCCGCCACCAUGAUCGCCAAAUACACAAGUGCUCUUUGCAACGCUUGUCGCGAAGCUUCGAACAAAACUAGCAAUCCUGUCGCCAAACGACACUUUGUCCAAUCAGCCAAGGAUGUAGCCAACUCCACGUCAGCUCUGGUGAAAGAGAUCAAAGCGUUAGAUCAAAAUUACUCAGAAACUAACAGAGAGAAAUGUGCAGAGGCUACCAAGCCACUUUUGGAGGCAGUUGACAAUCUGUGCACUUUCGCUGGGUCUCCAGAAUUCGCCAGUCAACCUGCAAAGAUAUCUAUCGCAGCUAGAGCAGCUCAGGAACCAAUUACUAGCGCUGGUAAAGCUAUCAUCGAUGGAUCUUGCGCCAUGGUGCGAGCAGCCAAGAGUCUGGCAGUUAGUCCUAAGGAUCCUCCAACGUGGCAGUUGUUAGCAAACCAUAGCAAGAGUGUCAGCGAUUCUAUCAAGUCUCUGGUUGCUUCUAUUCGCGACAAAGCACCGGGACAGAAGGAAUGUGACGCUGCAAUCGAAAAACUGUCAGCUAGAAUUAGAGAAUUGGACGCUGCUUCUCUCAGCGCUGUUUCACAGGCUCUUGUUCCACGAAGGGAGAACACGGUGCAAGGAUUCACCGAUCAGAUGGAGAGCAGCGCAAGUGAGCUGCGAGAAAAAUUGGAGCCUCUUCGAACAGCUGCUAAAUACGAAGCUGAGAACGUUGGACACGCUGUCAAUCAGAUUGCUUUGUAUUGCGAGCCGCUAGUUUCCGGUGCUAUCGGUGCUGCUUCAAACAUGGUGCACUCGAAACAACAAAUGGUGCUAUUGGAUCAGACGAAGACCGUUGCAGAAUCUGCUCUGCAGCUUGUCUGCGUGACAAAGGAGUCUGGUGGCAAUCCGAAAGCUAUCAACUUGCAUGCAGAAGUUGAUGAAACGGUGGAGUCUAUGAAGGACGCGUUACAAGAAUUGCAGAACACUUUGGAGACCAUUUCAACGUCGAAUGGCAUUGUUACUGGGUUGAUCGAUACCAUUUCUCGAGCUAUGGUUAGAUUGGAAGAUCACAGAAUGUCUACGAUUGAUACAGUGGAUUCUUACGUCGACUACCAGACCAGAAUGGUGGAAGCUGCGAAGGAAAUAGCUCGGCUGGCGCAGGAAAUGUCAACAAAAUCCAGCACAGACGUUGCCAGAUUAGGUCCUCUCGCAGUGGACAUCUCUCACAAAUACACCCAACUGGCCCGUGACACAUCUGGCGCCUCAGCAGCCGCGUCCAACGCCGACGUAUCCUCAAGACUUCGCACAGGCGUUCAAGAACUUGGUAGAGCUUGUGCAGACAUUGUUCGAGCAGCGGGAACUUGUCAAAUGUCACCGGGUGACGCUUACGCUCAAAGAGAAGUUGCAGAACACAGCAAGAUCGUCACAGAGAAGGUGUCACAAGUGUUGGCCGCUCUUCAGGCAGGUUCUAGAGGCACUCAAGCGUGCAUCAACGCUGCAAGCACCGUGUCAGGCAUUAUCGGUGAUCUGGACACGACGAUCAUGUUCGCCACUGCUGGAACCUUGCACGCGGAGAACGAGGGCGACACUUUCGCUGAUCAUCGCGAGAACAUCUUGAAGACAGCCAAAGCUCUCGUCGAGGACACCAAGACACUGGUUGCAGGCGCCGCUUCUUCUCAAGAACAGUUAGCCGUCGCUGCGCAAAAUGCUGUGUCGACGAUUGUUCAACUUGCUGAAGUGGUCAAAUACGGCGCUGCCAGUCUGGGAAGCCAGAAUCCCGAGGCUCAAGUGAUGUUGAUCAAUGCAGUGAAGGACGUGGCUUCCGCGCUUGGAGAUUUGAUACAUGCUACCAAAGCUGCCAGUGGAAAGCCCAUCAACGACCCAAGUAUGGCACACUUGAAGGAUUCCGCCAAGGUGAUGGUAACAAACGUGACUUCCCUGCUGAAAACUGUGAAAGCUGUAGAAGAUGAACAUACUCGUGGUACCAGGGCUUUGGAAUCGACCAUCGAAGCUAUAGCACAAGAAAUCCGCGCAUUGAACACUCCAGAGUUGCAGAAGACCAAUGUCACUCCAGAAGAUCUUGUUCGUUGCACGAAGAGCAUCACCACUUCCACCGCGAAGGCUGUGGCUGCUGGAAACAGCUGCAAACAGGAUGACAUCAUAGCUGCUGCAAACAUGGGAAGAAAGGCUAUCAGCGACAUGUUGACCAUUUGCAAAGGAGCAGCAUAUAACUGUGCAGAAACAGCUGAGCUCAGAGAUAGGACUCUUCAGGCUGGUCACGAUGUCGCCCUUACCUACAGGGAGUUGUUGCAAGCUAUAUUACAAAUUUCAUCAAGAUCCAGUGAUGCAAAGCACACUUUACCACCAAUUAGCAGGAAAAUUGCUCAGAGCGUUACUGAAUUAGUUGCUGUAGCUGAAUUGCUGAAAGGUAACGAUUGGGUAGACCCUGAUGACCCAACUGUGAUAGCUGAAAACGAGCUGCUAGGUGCAGCUGCUAGCAUUGAUGCUGCGGCGAAGAAGCUUGCUAGUUUGAGACCAAGAAGGAGUAUACAGGAGGCCAACGAGGAUAUGAACUUCGACGAGAUGAUUCUAGAGGCAGCCAAAUCAAUCGCAGCUGCCACAUCAGCGCUCAUAAAAGCAGCCAGCGCUGCUCAAAGAGAGUUGAUAGCAACAGGAAAAGUCUCUCGAACACCUCUAACUAGCUCCGAUGAUGGCCAGUGGUCUGAAGGUUUAAUUUCUGCCGCAAGAAUGGUCGCAGCUGCAACUCAUAGCCUCGUGGAAUCAGCAAACGCUCUAGUACAAGGCGUUAGCUCCGAGGAGAAACUAAUUUCCAGUGCGAAACAAGUUGCUAGCAGCACGGCACAACUGUUAGUCGCUUGUAAAGUGAAAGCAGAUCCAGACAGUGAGAGCACAAAACGCCUGCAAGCAGCUGGAAACGCGGUGAAACGCGCUACGGACAACUUAGUGCGCGCAGCACAGCAAGCUAUCCAACAAGAAGAAGAUAGAUCCUUGAUCCUUAACCGCAGAAUGGUUGGCGGAAUAGCCCAGGAGAUAAACGCCAGGUCAGAGGUCCUUCGUAUUGAGAGAGAACUCGAGGAAGCCAGAGGAAGACUCACUGCUAUUCGUCAGGCUAAAUACAAGAACCGGCCAGACCUGGCGACGAGAUACGAGACCAGAGCCUAUGAUUCUCAGUCACAUCUGAACCACAGCCUGGAUCAGCUACAGUCUACAACGCACAAUAUCAGCCAGUUGGCUGUCGACAGACAGAACCUAAUCAGUCCAGAGAAGGUCCAAUCCACCCAAAACACUUUAGAGAGGAAGAUGAAGGACAAUCAAUAUCGAUCCGCUAUGGAGAGUCAGUAUGGAUCAGUUGAGAAAAAGUAUCGAGAUAAUCAGUAUGAUAGACGGUACGGUUCAGACAGUCCAUACGUUAUUUCUGACAAGAAAAUAGUCGUAGACAGUUCACCGGGUCAGUAUAGUUCUAUCGAGAGGAAAAUCAAUCAAGAGGGUUACAGUACCAUAGAGAGGAAACACUUGGAUGGACCGUAUCCACCUGUUCAUACUAUGACUUACUCACCAGUGUCUCCCACGCGUAAAGUCUUCCAGGAGCAGCAACAGCAGCACUCUUACGAAAAAUACUCUCAGGACCACGAUACUGUGGACAGAUUCUCAGGACACAGCCCAAUGAGUACCUUCAGAUCGGAGAAACAAACGGAGGCGCAACGUUUUGGAAAUCUUACACACAAUCAGAGUAACAAAAACAUGGAGUCUAAGCUGAUUCCAGGUGGAAGAAUAGAGACAAUCACGAAAAAAGUUUACACGUCCACUCCAGGGAAGACUAGCAGUUCUAACUACGAGUCCACAGAGGAGAACAAAGAGUAUGUUACUUCUGGCAACGAAUUGUCCACGUUCAAGGCUCUGGACAGUGACACUUUGGAGGAACGCCUAACGAAGCAGUCGAUGACGCACAAAGUCACUGAGAAGAAAACGGUCACCAUGACAAUGUCCAGCAAGCAAGAGUCGAACACAAAGACGUUCCGGUUUGAAGAGAAGUAAAAUCUGGGGAAUGUUAAAUGUAUUAUGCCGAAGAUGGAUAUUCCUGGAACAAUUAGUGUGGAGACUGUUUGCAUGGAAAUUGUUCUUUGAUGCACAAAAUAACCAAUCGUUGGUUUCUUCAUGUAAUAUGGUGUAUAAGAAAGGGGAAAGCUUUUCCUCCUGAUGGAAAAUAGUUGUUAGAUUAUUUUCAUACAAUGUGCUGCGGUUAUCUGGCAACACUAAUCAAUGGAUGAUGAGGUAUCAUGUGUAAUUGAGCGACAAUGAAAAAAUGAACAGAGAAAUGUUCGAAGCUUGAAAAUAGUUAAAGGAGAUUUUGAAUAUACCUUGGUCAGAGGCUUUAAUGGUGCAAGUUCAUGAAAGUAAAUUAAGAAUAUGGAAAUAUUGCUUUUGAAUGUAAUAUAAAAAUGCUAUGCAUUCAUUACACUACAGACAAUCUAUAGUU